AUGGGAUCCGAAGAGCUCGGAAAGAGGGGGCACGCGCUAUUAAUUAGUGACUCCUUCGGGAAAGAAAUUCCCAGUCCAUUUUCCAACACUUCCCUACCCCGAAAACACAGUUCCAAUCUUGGUGAUCAAAAGAUCGUUUCGUCCCAUAACUGCGGAGACCUAAUGAUCCCAUGGCAUGGUCCUUUUAUCCGACCGGCAGACUCCCUGAGCACCCCAAUUCUGUCAUAUCUGUCAGCAGCGAGGGCAUCAAGGGGUAGGGGUAUAAGUCGUAGGGAGGAACAACCAAAGCGUCCUCACCCCCGUUUCCCACUUAUGAAGCUACCCCACUUAUACCUCUCCACUGCUCCUCUUAUAUUCCGAAAGCGAGGGAUCCUUAAAUCUAAGAGUUUGACGAUUGAUGACUCAGAAUUGGUCUCUACGCUGUUUGUUCUGUUGCACCUUUCUUUCUCAGACGGAUCUGCCAGGUUGAGGAACAAUAACUGGAGCGAGGUUUACGAGUUGAAAUACGGAAUUCCCAGUCCUGGGUGA